CUUUUUUCAAAAAUCCCUAGCUACGACCCCCCAAGGCCAGCUCCACCGCACCCCCCCCCCCCCCCUCCCCACACACACACACCGAAAGCCCCCCUCCGAUUUUCUUCUCGCCGAACGCCCCCACCGGAUUUCUUCUCGCCGAACGCCCCUCCCACCGAAUUUCUUCUCGCCGAACGCCGGUUUCACCCCAACGAACUCAUCGCCCACGUUCAGCGGCCCCAAGCUCCAUCAGUUUGUGCUGAUUUGGUUCGGGGUGCCAAAGACAAGAGACUGAGGGUUAAGGGACCUGUGAGGAUGCCAGCUAAUGUCCUGCACAUCGCCACAAGGAAGUCACCCUGCGGUGAAGGUAUAUGAAAGUUCUUGCAGUCCUCCAAGAAGGUCUCCAGUAGUUGGUAGAAGAAGUCAUUCACCUAUUAGAAUACUAGCUCGAUCACACUCCCGAUCAUUUUCACCACGGAGGUUUAAAACAUCUCCUCAUCUAAGGGACGUGGUGGAGAUGGCCGGUGGCAAAUCACCGUCUGUUGUGAACCGUGGGUUCCUUCUUCAGCGUAUUAAGUCUUGUCGUCACAAAUGUCCCACCGUCGAUGACAUCGUCGAUCAUCUCCAGUCCACUUACAGGGACUACCGAACCCUCAAGAAAUCACCCUUCACUUCGAUCGUCCAAAAAACCCUUGAUUCACAUCUCAACAAAACCCCUAAAUCCGUUCCCUCUUCUUCCACACCCAACAAAAUCAAGCGCCGAUUACAAGAUUCUAAAACCGAAGAUGCCAAUUGCAGUACCAUUGGAAAGAAGCGCCCUAAGAGAGUUGAUGUAGGUGAACAGAGGUUGCAGAAUAUGGAGAAUAUGCACCUCAGGAGGAUACAACACAACAAUCAGGAUGAUUCUUCUUCGUCUUUGUCUUCAUCUUCUUCGACAGAUUCUGGUAACAGUGGUGAUGGAGCAGUGUCAACGUCGGAGGAUGCUAUAUAUGGGGAAGAAGUGGAGCCGGAGUAUGAUUUGAUGAAGUUGAUGCUUCGAACAUCUUAUGCGGAGUCAAAGAAACUGAAGAAUGAGCAUUUGGAGAAGAGUAUGGAGUUGGAAGUUGCUAUAGAUGAUAAGGUUGCUGAAAAAAUUAAUGUGGGGAAUGAAGGGAAUGCAAACAAGGAGAUAUUGAGGAAGGAAAAGCAGAGUUCUCUUAAUGGGGAAGAAAUAGAAGGGCCUUGGUUUAAGGAUUUGGGAGGGAUGAAAAGUGUGCUAGACGAAUUGAAGAUGGAGGUGAUUGUACCACUUUACCAUCCUCAGGUCCCAUUGUGGUUGGGGGUUCGGCCGAUGGCUGGAAUUUUGCUUCAUGGACCCCCUGGUUGUGGGAAGACUAAAUUGGCUCAUGCCAUUGCCAAUGAAACUGGUGUGCCUUUCUAUAAGAUUUCUGCAACAGAGAUCAUGUCGGGUGUAUCAGGUGCGUCAGAAGAAAAUAUUAGAGAGCUCUUUUCCAAAGCCUAUAGGACUGCACCAUCAAUUGUUUUUAUUGAUGAGAUCGAUGCAAUUGCAUCAAAGAGAGAAAAUCUACAGAGAGAAAUGGAGAGACGGAUUGUAACACAAUUAAUGACUUGCAUGGAUGGGUUCCACAAGCUUGUAGAUUCUAAGGAUACAAGUUCAAAGAAUGAUAAUUCCAAUGUUAGACCAGGAUAUGUUCUUGUAAUUGGUGCUACCAAUAGGCCUGAUGCUGUUGAUCCUGCAUUAAGGAGGCCUGGUCGUUUUGAUCGUGAGAUCGUAUUAGGUGUUCCAGAUGAAAAUGCAAGGGCUGAAAUCCUCACUGUUCUUACUAGCAACUUGAGACUCGAAGGUUCAUUUGAUCUUUUGAAAAUAGCUAGGGCAACACCAGGGUUUGUUGGAGCUGAUUUAACAGCAUUGGCUAAUAAGGCUGGUAAUCUUGCCAUGAAGAGAAUAAUUGAUCAAAGAAAAUGUGAGUUAUCUACUGAUUUUGCUGAUAAUGAACAUAUAGAAGAUUGGUGGAGGCAACCUUGGUUGCCCGAGGAGAUGGAAAAAUUAGCAAUAACCAUGACCGACUUUGAGGAAGCAAUACAAAUGGUACAACCAUCAUUGAGAAGAGAAGGGUUUUCUGCAAUUCCCAGUGUAAAGUGGGAGGAUGUUGGAGGCUUAGAACAACUAAGAGCAGAGUUUGAACGCUACGUAGUUAGACGUGUAAAGUAUCCAGAGGAUUAUGAGGGCUUUGGUGUAGAUCUAGAGACUGGAUUCUUGUUAUAUGGUCCUCCAGGAUGUGGUAAAACACUAAUUGCUAAGGCCGUUGCAAAUGAGGCUGGAGCUAACUUCAUUCACAUUAAGGGGCCCGAGUUACUAAAUAAAUAUGUUGGAGAAAGUGAACUUGCUGUUCGGACACUAUUUAGUCGGGCAAGGACGUGCUCACCCUGCAUUCUAUUUUUUGAUGAAGUGGAUGCCUUAACAACAAAACGUGGUAAAGAAGGGGGUUGGGUAGUGGAGCGAUUAUUGAACCAGUUACUCAUAGAGUUGGAUGGAGCAGAACAACGACGAGGUGUCUUUGUUAUUGGUGCUACAAAUAGACCCGAGGUCAUAGACCCUGCAAUUCUGCGACCGGGUAGAUUUGGAAAACUUCUUUACGUUCCUCUCCCUGGUCCAACUGAGCGUGGGCUCGUCUUAAAAGCUCUUGGAAGGAAGAAACCUAUUGAUGUUAGUGUAGAUCUACCUGCAAUUGGACAAAUGGAGGCUUGUGAAAAUUUUAGUGGAGCAGAUCUUGCUGCAUUGAUGAACGAAGCUGCAAUGGCUGCUUUGGAAGAAAAAUUGACAUUAGACAACAGUAAUAUUGAAUCAGCAUCAUGUACAAUCAAGAUGGUCCAUUUUGAGCGUGGGCUAACUAAGAUUUCUCCAUCUGUGUCAGAAAAGCAAAAACAUUUUUACGAGAUUUUGUCGAAAAGCUUAAAAGCUGCUUAAUGAACACGAGACGGGGUACGGUUGCUGGUAAGUUUCAAUUACUAGAGGGUUUGUAAGUUUUGCAGUUUAAUUUGGACUGAAAAUGCAGCAAAAAAGAGUUUCACAGAAUGAGAAAUAUUAUUGAUUGUCGGAAAAUUAUUGUAAAUGGUGAAAUCAUUGAAAAUAUUUACAAAAUUUUGGUACAUUAAUGGCUUAUUUUAUCUAAUAUGCAUUCAAUUUUGAGCAAAA